UACUUAGGUUGCGCGAAUGAUUUAAUUAUUUUGUAAAUUUCCAUGCAUUUAAAUUAAAAUAAAAUGAUAUGCGGCAUUGUAAAUAUUUGUUGGAUUCCGUUUGCGGGAUUUAUUUCAUUCCUAAUUUUGUUGUCUGCAAUUAACAAGUCGAUCGGCGUUCGCAAGGCAUAUGUAAACCUUCUUUUAAGGAUAUUUGAGUAUGGCCGAGUGAGCAUAGAAACUGCAGCUAAAGGAAAUCAACAGCUGAAUGAAGAGAAAUUCAGUGAGCAUACGCCGGGUGUGGAACAGACAAAUGAUGGUCAAAACAGUAAAGAAGUUUCAAAUGCAACCCUAAUAACUCGAGAUGCCGUACUUCUUCCACAGGCGCAAGAAUCCGGAAACGAUAAACCAAGUACACAAAAAAAAGAAGAAAUCAAUUUUGAUUUUGAAAACUGCUUGGAGUAUGUAAAAUCUGGCAUAGAGGCCAUAAUAGAAGACGAUGUUACUUCGAGGUUUGAAGCUGAAGAACUAAAAAGCUGGAACAUGCUCACUCGGACUAAUCGCCAUUAUGAGUUUAUAUCCUGGAAAAUAACUCUCAUUUGGAUGGUUGGAUUUACAAUGCGAUACUUUGUUCUGAUGCCACUACGAGUCUUGGUUUGCUUUGUUGGUGUUUUAUUUGCAGUUGUUACAAAUUCGUUUGUGGCAUUGUUACCUUUUCGAUUUUUGCGACUUCCUUUGGCGGACUUGUCUUUUAAGAUAACAUUCCGUCUGAUCGCAAGUUCGUUAUCAACUCUUAUAAAGUUUCACAAUAAAGAAUAUAAACCUAGUUCUUCGGGGUUCUGUGUAGCAAAUCAUACCUCCCCACUGGACGUGGCAAUAAUGUCAACAGACUGUACCUUUUCUUUGGUAGUAUGGUUAACAGUAUGUACAGCUGCUGUGGGACUACUCAAGGAUGGAGAUAGUAAACGGGCAAUUGUGAAUAAAGUUCUUGGACAGUGCUUUGGUGUCCUGUCUAGCGCCAUUUCGGCUGUCGUAACUUACCACAAUGAGGACAAUCGCCCGUCAUCAGGUGGUAUUUGUGUGGCAAAUCAUACAAGCCCUAUUGAUGUACUUGUACUGAUGUGUGAUUCAACAUAUUCUCUGAUUGGUCAACGACAUGGAGGCUUUCUUGGCAUCCUGCAAAGAGCGUUAGCAAGAGCAUCUCCUCAUAUUUGGUUUGAAAGAGGGGAAGCCAAAGACCGUCAUCUUGUUGCUGAGAGAUUAAGACAACAUGUUUCAGAUCCAAAUAAUCCACCUAUUCUAAUAUUUCCCGAAGGAACUUGUAUUAAUAACACGUCUGUUAUGCAAUUUAAAAAGGGAAGUUUUGAGGUCGGCGGUGUUAUAUAUCCUGUAGCCAUCAAAUAUGAUCCCAGAUUUGGAGAUGCAUUUUGGAACAGCGCCAAGUAUUCCAUGAUGCAAUAUCUUUACAUGAUGAUGACAUCGUGGGCUAUUGUAUGUGAUGUCUGGUAUCUUCCACCGAUGUAUCGGCAAGAUGGAGAAUCUGCUAUAGAUUUCGCCAAUCGUGUCAAAGGCGUUAUUGCGAAACAAGGAGGCUUAGUAGAUUUGGUAUGGGAUGGACAGCUUAAGCGAAUGAAGCCUAAAAAGGAAUGGAGAGAAAUACAGCAAAUAGAAUUUGCGAAUCGAUUAAAAUCUGAUUAACGUUGACUUUUUAUAUAAAAAUUGUAACUAUCGAAAAUAAAAAUGGAAAACAUUUUGA